UGUCUCCUGAACCAUCCAAAGCAAACAAAAUGAUCUCCGCCAAUUCUAUACCCCAACUCUUCACAGUUCUGAUCCUCUUCCUUAUACACGUGACGAAAGCAAUGUUCAGGAAUAUCCACAAAAAUGGAAGAUCAGCGCCACGACUUCCCCCCGGUCCUGCCCCGUGGCCCAUCAUUGGCUGUGUGCCCGAAAUGCUGACCCAAAAGCCAACAUUCCGGUGGAUACAUAGCGUCAUGAAGGAGACGGACACUGACAUUGCAUGUAUUCGGCUCGGCAAUGUUCACAUCAUCCCCGUUACAUGCCCCGAAAUCGCCAGAGAAUUCCUCAAGAAGCAUGAUGCAACAUUUUCGUCAAGGCCUACUUCAAUGGCGACACGAACGUAUAGUGGCGGAUACCUCACAACCAUCCUAAGUCCUUAUGGUGACCAAUGGAUGAAAAUGAGGAGAGUUAUAGUUUCGGAAAUUAUUUCCCCCGCAAGGCAUCAUUGGUUGAAGGAUAAAAGAACCGAGGAAGCAGACAACUUGGUCAAGUACAUUUACAAUCGAAGCAAAAGCUCAAGCAGAACUGUAAAUGUGAGGACCGCCGCUAGACAAUAUACUGGAAACGUGAUCCGGAAGUUAAUGUUUAGUAAAAGAUACUUCGGAGAGGAAAGGGCGGACGGCGAACCAACCAUUGCUGAGGAAGAACAUGUUGGGGCGAUAUUUACUAUACUGAAGUAUUUAUAUGCAUUUUGCAUAUCUGACUAUUUACCUUGGUUGGUAGGACUUGAUUUAGAUGGUCAUGAGAAGUUUGUUAAAGAGGCCGUCAGCACUGUAAACAACUAUCAUGACCCCAUAAUUGAUGCAAGGAUCGGAAAAUGGAGGAGGUUCGGCAAUUUGAACGAGAAAUCUACCAGCAAUGAUCCUCAUGAUUUGCUCGAUGUUCUGGUUACGCUCAAGGAUUCAGAGGGAAAGCCACUACUUACACCUGAAGAAAUCAAAGCACAAGUAACGGAAAUGAUGUUCGCCACUGUCGACAAUCCCUCAAACGCAGUUGAAUGGGCCAUGGCUGAGAUGAUAAACCAACCUGAAAUCCUCAAGAUAGCGAAGGAGGAAUUGGACAGGGUCGUUGGUAAAGAGAGAUUAGUUCAGGAAUGUGACAUCCCACAUCUUAAUUAUAUCAAAGCAUGCAUUCGAGAAGCCUUCAGGCUCCAUCCAAUCGCACCUUUCAACCCUCCACACAUGGCCAUGUCUGAUGCCAUUGUCGCCGGCUACUUCAUCCCAAAGGGAAGUCACGUGCUACUGAGCCGUUUUGGCCUUGGGCGAAACCCUAAGGUCUGGAACAAGCCACUUGAGUUUAGGCCAGAGCGGCACUUUAUUAGUGACUGCAUUGAAGUUCCUCUCACAGAGCCGAACUUGCGCUUCAUUUCCUUUAGCACAGGGCGUCGCGGCUGUGUGGCUCCGAUGCUUGGGACUGCAAUGACUGUCAUGCUUCUUGCUAGGAUGGUUCAAGGGUUUAAUUGGAUGGCACCGCCUAAUGUCACAAGUAUUAAUCUUGAUGAGUCCUUUGAGGAUCUGUCUCUUGCUGAUCCGCUCGUUGCUCAUGCUGAGCCACGUUUGCCAUUGCAUCUCUAUCCUUGAGUUUUACUUGCAAGAAAGUGAAAGUUAAACGUUGCUUAGCCUGU